UCGGCGAAAAAUGUAACGGGCACACUAAAAAGAAGUAAAACAGAUUUCACUAACUAAUUGUCAAAACAAAGUAAAUUUCGAGACAAAUACGAGAUAAACAAGGCGAUGAACGACACGCCACGCACACCUGCCACUCCGGGCACACCCGGAACUCCCGGCAGCUUGGCCAUGGAGGUGGCCCGCAUCCAGAACUCCGCGCUGGCCGAAUUCAAGAAGCCCACGGCAAUGGUGCGCCCCAAGAACAAACCGAAGAUCCUCACGGAGGAGAAGUACAUCGAGGAGAUGUCCAAGAUCAUCCAGCGCGACUUCUUCCCGGAUCUGGAGCGGCUGCGGGCCCAGAACGAUUACCUGGACGCGGAGUCGCGACGGGACUUUGUCCAAAUGGCCGAGAUUCGGGAGCGCUACAGUUUGGGCAGGAUUCCCGGCACAGGAAGAAGCUCCAGCCGAAGGAACAAUCAGCGGAAUAAUGCCAUGUCCCCGGCCACAUUUGAGACGCCAGUUAGCAUGGCCAACGGCAGCAACACUCCGCUGCUCAAUUCCCGGGCCACGGACACCCCCUUGUCCACUGCCAACUCCGAGAAGAGUGCCGCCGAGGGCGGGGACACCACAUCGAAGCUCUCCCUGGACGCCUUCCUGCAGAACUACACGAGCGAGGAUAACCAGAGCUUUCAGGAGAUCAUCGAAACGGCGGAAGCGAAGCUGCGCCAGAAGUACGCCGUGCUCUACAACCACGAAAAACUCUCGGCGGAGCAACUGCAGCGCGCCCUAAUGCUGCCCAGCAUAGAGAAGCAAUUCGAGGAGCCGGAUCCGUUGAGAAAAAUCGAAACGUGGAACUACACCAACAUGAACUCCAUAAUGUAUGUGCCCGAUGGCGUGGAGUACACGGAGGAGGAGCGUGUCCAGGCGGCAGAGCGCAAGCAGAGCAUCCAGCACAAUGCCACCAGGCUGCCGGAUGAAGCCAAGCACCGGGACACGGAGGGUAAAAAGCCGGAUGAAGUGUCAGUCAAUGGGGCGGGUGAAUCGACGGCCACGCCGAGAAUACGAGGAUUCGAUCUGCUGCGUUCACCAUCGCCGCGCCCCGGAGAAGCCUUCUCGCCCAUCAUGACCUGGGGCGAGAUCGACGGCACACCCUUUCGCCUCGACGGUGGCGACACUCCACUGCGACCCACCCAGGGACCCUCGUUCCGCAUCAACGAGAACUCCCGGCGCGAGAACAUCGCCAUCGCGCUGGCCGAGAAGGUCAGCGAGAAGAUGCGAAAUCAGAAGCAAAUGGCCCUCGAUACGGCGCGUCGGAACAUUGGAUCCCCGCUGAUACGCACCAAUAUGGAGCGCCUGGCCAGCAUGUCGCCGGCAGCCCAACUCUUGGCCACCGGGAAGCUGGGACUCCGCGGAACGCCCAGAUCGUUGCACACACCAUCGCCGCUGAGCGCCAGGAAGCGCAAGAUAACGCCCGGCGUUGUGAGGAGCCACACUGGCAGCACUCCGCUGGGACCACCGAAACAGCAGUCGGAGUCGGGCAGGAUCGGCACUCCGGCCAAGAGUUCCACCAUCGACACGGGCUCCACGCUGACGGACGACCUGCUCAAGAUACCCACAAAGCGACGCUCUGCAGCCGACUUCUUUUAGCGCAUAAAGCGUGCCGUGUUCAUGUUUAGUUUCAAUUCAAUACCUCAUAAUGUUAAAACCAUAUUAUUUAUGGCAUUAAAAUGUAGCUAUUAAACCAA